CUAUGCCGUCGGGUGAUGGAAGAAGGGGGUUAUAUAACGGGUCUAACGAGGAGGAGAACUUUUCCAAAGCUCAUAUAUAGGCUGCUGUUUACCCGGGGAGAAUGCUGUUUCUACUUUCCCAUUAUUAUUGCAUGAUUUGGUGUUCCGGUGACGUAUUUAGUCGCGAGCUUGUCUCCGUUAUUUAUUAAUCGCGUCCGAUCUGCUGCUCCAUUGUCAGACGGCUUCUGUGACGAGAAACAGGAUCAAUUGGGCGAUUUGAGUCUGAGUGCAGCUGUCCUCACGGGAGAGGUUGAAUUAGAGAGGUCACAAUUGCAAAAUUCGGCCAAAACAAGACACGAUGGUGAAAAUCACAAGUUUUACCACGCGGGAUGUGAGGUUUCCGACCUCCCUCGACAAGACAGGAUCGGAUGCGAUGAACGCGGCUGGUGAUUAUUCUGCGGCAUACUGUAUCCUGCAUACCGACUCGGAACACGCUGGACACGGAAUGACAUUCACCAUUGGCCGCGGCAACGAGAUCGUCUGCGCUGCGAUUGCUCAGCUUGCUCCCUUAGUGAUCGACAAGGAAUUGGACGACUUAGCAGCUGAUUGGGGCAAGACAUGGAGAUAUCUCGUUUCUGACAGUCAGCUAAGAUGGAUUGGUCCGGAAAAGGGUGUUAUCCAUCUUGCUCUCGGAGCUGUUGUCAACGCUCUCUGGGACUUGUGGGCGAAGACGUUGGGCAAGCCCGUCUGGCGGAUAGUUGCAGAAAUGACUCCAGAAGAGUUUGUUCGCUGCAUUGACUUCCGCUACAUCACCGACGCUUUGACGCCGGAAGAAGCUAUCGCGCUGCUGAAAGAGGUCGAACCCGGUAAGCAGGAGCGCAUCAAGGAGGCUGAACAGAGCAAGGCCGUCCCCGCCUACACCACAAGUGCCGGAUGGUUGGGCUACUCAGAAGAAAAGUUGAAGGCGCUUCUGGAAGAGAGUGUCAAGCUCGGAUACAAGCAUUUCAAGCUGAAGGUCGGUGGAGGCGUCGAAUCAGACAGGAGGAGGUUGAAGAUUGCCAGAGAAGCCAUUGGAUACGAUAAGGGGAACAUCCUCAUGGUGGACGCAAACCAGGUUUGGUCCGUCCCAGAGGCCAUCGAGUACAUGCAACAACUUGCGGAAUUCAAGCCCUGGUUCAUCGAAGAGCCGACCUCCCCCGAUGAUAUCCUCGGUCACGCCGCGAUCAAGAAAGCCCUUGCUAACACACCUUACGGCCCCAUUGGCGUUGCGACGGGAGAGAUGUGCCAGAACCGCGUUAUAUUCAAACAGCUCCUACAAGCUGGUGCUCUAACAGUUCUCCAAGCAGACGCUUGCCGUGUCGGUGGUGUGAACGAAGUUCUUGCGAUCCUCCUUCUCGCGCGUAAAUUUGGCGUUCCGAUUGUCCCUCACUCCGGCGGUGUUGGCUUACCCGAGUACACUCAGCAUUUGAGCACGAUCGAUUACGUUGUCGUAAGUGGCAAGAAGAGCGUGCUCGAAUAUGUCGAUCAUCUGCAUGAGCAUUUCAAGCACCCUGCCAGCGUGAAGGAUGGAUACUAUGUGACACCCAUGGAGCCCGGAUACAGCGUGGAGAUGAAAGCGCAGAGCAUGGAUGAGUUCUCCUUCCCCGGAGAAGAGGGGAAGAGUUGGUGGAAGACAGAAGCUGCGAAGCCGAUUUUGGAAGGUCCUCGUAUUUGAUGGGACAGGACUUGAUUGUAAUUAUUUUUUAUACCCGUGCGAAUAGACAUGACUAUUAGAGAAGAUCCUUGCACUGCGAUAUCGUCAUAAUAACGAACAUAUAUGUUCAUCAUCAAGGUUUGAUUUGUUCCCAGGAAUUUCUUAUAUCUACUUUGAGCACAUCUUUCCAACGCGCAGCAUUAAGC